AUGGAGAUGGAACUUUUUCUAAGAGAGAUCUUGAGACGGGCUUUGUUCCUCGACGAGGAUGACCAUCCAUUGAAGAUCUUAGAAGAGCUGAAAAAUGACGGCAAAGAGGAAGUUGUUUGUGUGUACUGCAACGAACCGGUCGUACUGGGUCUCGCUUUCAAAUGCAAGAUCUGCCCAUUCCUCUGUCAUGUAUCAUGCUUCAAAGAAACUAAGUACUUGGGGUCAACAUUUUAUUUUCAUUUCGGUGGUAGGCAUGAUCAGUUGAUGUUGACAGAAGAGCUGAAAAAUGAUGGCAAGGAGGGAGUUGAUUGUGUGGUGUGCAAGGAGAAAGUAGAGGCGGGUCCCAGAUACAAAUGCUCCGCUUCUGAAUGUAACUUCCAGCUUCACAAAUCAUGUGCCCAGCUGCCCCGGGAGAUGCACCACCCAGAGCACCCAGACCACAUCCUUAUUCUUCAAUUCCCAACAGAAUAUGCCAGUAAAAGAAAUUGUAAUGCUUGCCGUAAAAGUUGCGGUAAACGCCUCUUUUACAAGUGCGAGGAGUGCGAUUUUAUAAUUGACAUCACAUGUGCUACCCGCACACAAGUUAAUAAUACCGGCGAUUGCCAACACACAUUCGUCCCGUUCUUUAGGAAGAUCCACUUCACUUGUGAAGCCUGUGGUCAGGAAGGCAUGGACUUCGUCUCCUCAUGUACAAUCUGUAGACUAUUCAUUCACUCGCGAUGUGCUGGAUUUCCACGCACCAUGAUAAUUUCAAGACACGAUCACGCCCUCUCUCUUAUUUAUUCCCUUCAUCAUCAAGUCCAGGUUUUUAACAAUGUAUUUUGUAAAUUAUGUGGUCAAAAGGUGAAGACGCAGUAUGCAGCCUUCUCUUGUCAGGAAUGUGAUUUUGUAGCACAUUUGUACUGUGCAAAAGCAUGUAUAUGCGAGUCGCUGCCUGAGAAAUCUGUAGAUGUUAUGGAGAAGAUCAACCCAGGUGAGAUACACCAUUUUAGCCAUCCACAUAAUUUAAUUCUUAGCCAUGAUCAAGAAGUCCUGUAUGAUAAGCUGUGUGAUGGUUGUAUGCAUUUUAUAAUCUCGGCCCCGUUCUACAACUGUACGCGAUGCGACUUCUUUCUUCACACUACAUGUGCUCAACUACCAAAAGAGAAGAAACACAUACUUCAUCAACACACACUCGCCCUCCUCCCAAAUGCACCUUAUCCUUAUGGAUCAUUCCGUUGCAAUGCUUGUGGCUAUAUUCGUCAUGGCUUCACCUAUAGUUGUGUCACGUGCUCUUUUGAUAUGGACGUUCAAUGUUGUUCAAUUCUAAAAACCCUGGAACAUGAAGGUCACCAACACUCACUCUUCCUUCGCGUAAGUUCUGAUAAAAAAUGCAGUGCUUGUGGUAACGAAUACCAGUAUUGCAACGAUAGGGGGAUAUUUGUAUGCACUGCUUGUGAUUUCGCUUUGGAUUUUAAAUGUGCAACACUUCCACUCGUAGCUAGGCACAGAUAUGACAAACACCCCCUUGCACUCACCUACGCUACUAAAGACAAUUUUGAAGAACAUUAUUGUCUGAUUUGCGAAAAAGAAAUGAAUCAAAAGCACUGGUUUUAUUAUUGUGCAACAUGUGACUUUCCUGCUCAUUCCCAAUGCGUUCUAGGAAAUUAUCCAUACAUCAAGUUUGAAAGUACUUUCAAAAAUGAAGAACUUCACCAACACCCUCUCACCUAUGUUCGAAAGACAGAGUACUCGACUCCGUGUGAUGCCUGUGGCAAGACUUUUGAUGGUAUGGCCCUACAAUGCUCUCAAUGCAAGUUGAACGUCCACUGGUGGUAUUCUUGUUUGAAAGAAUUAUUUGAUAUUUGAUUAAGUGCUACGUCUGUAACAUUGCAUGGUCGUAUGAGCAAGUUUGGUUGUAGAGUUGGUAAUUGAGUCCAUUAAGUUGCGGUUUAUUGGGUACAAUAAAGCUAUGCAAUUGUGAUUGCUUCAGCAAUCGUUUAGUUUAUCCCUUUCUAAGUUUGGAGUUCAUUUGGGUCGGAAAUUUAUCUUGAAGUCUGAUUAGAACAAUUAUGAGUAUUUAUUGUGUUGAAUUAGUCUUUUAUUUCUAUUGUUAAUGU